UUUUGUCCAAAUUCAUCUAUUUAUUCUAAUUGCCGCGAAGAGGACGGAUGUUAUGAACUUUGUAGCCGUUACGAAAGCAUGACGAACAUAUGAAAUAGAAAUGUUGCAUUAAGUUCAAGAUAAUUUAUUCCGAAAGAAACGGUGAAAUCAUCAACAGAUAAUACAUUUCAGGUCGGCGCGAAGUUAAUACUUUGACAAACAGGUUAAAUCUAAGGGUAGAUCUUAACGUAUAUGUCCAUGUAAACGAGAGAUAUGGCAGAGAAGGGUGCUCAUUUGACUGGAACUGCGUACAUCAGGCCUUCUAUCUUUGAAAUUAUUGCGCAAGAAUCGCUCGCGUCUACCCUCGAACCAGCUUUUAAAAAGAUCCUUUCGUUUCUUGUUUCUUUCAAUCCUGAAAGAUAUGAACAUAUUCUUCAAUGGGCAGACGAGGGUUAUUUAAUUUUUAAUGCAUUCCUUCAACGAUAUUACCUAAAGAAAUAUUCCGCAUCAUUUUCUGAAACAUUUUAUGGUUUAAAGCGUGUUGCAGUCGUCGAUUCUAAACUCAAAAGAAACUUAUCAUAUAAGCAACAAAUACUGUCAUUGAUAUUAAUUGUAAUAUUUCCAUAUCUAAAAAAUAAACUUGCACAACUCAGUUCGAGAUAUCAACUCGAAGAAGUAGAUGGUCGAGCAUCAAGAGAGAAGGGGCGAAAAUUUUUUCGUAAAUACAUUGUUAAAGGACACUCAAUUCUUUUUAUAACGUACGAAUCGCUCGUAUUGUAUAAUUACAUACUUUACAUAUCGAAAAAAUCAGUGUACCCAUCACCUUUGCUAAGAUUGCUGUCCGUUACACUGACAUACGCCGAUCCACACAAUGCUCUUACUAUCACAGAAUUAUUGAGGAAGAUAAAAUACAAUUCAUUCACCAUUGGCGAUGGAUGGAACAUAUUUCAAAGAUUUGUCACUGGAUCUCUUGAAUUGGGGGCUUUCUUCUUACAAUUUCUCUCAUGGUGGAGCCAGGAAAAUUACAAUAUGGACAUCAUGAGUCUUCCAGCUCCACCACCUCCAAAAGUGCCAAAUGUUGCACAGCGAUAUAAAGGAAUAUGUCCACUUUGUCGCAAACCUCAUCGUAUACAUACAGUGCUUAUGGUAUCUGGUUACAUCUUUUGCUAUCAAUGUAUUUUAUCGGAAAUACGGAAAAACAAGAGAUGCCCGGUAACACAUUAUCCUGCCAAAGAAGAUGAUUUAAUACGUCUGUAUAUAGAAUAAAAUUAUAUAUAUUGUGACGUUGCCGUCUCGCCUCCGUCUUACCUCCAGAGUAAAGGCCAAAGCACAAAGCGGACAAUUCACAAUAUAUAUAUAUAUAUAUAUGUAAAAAUACGUAAUUUAUACUAUUUAUAAUAUAAUGUAUUAUAUAUAUAUAAUGUAUAGAGAGAUAAAGAAAGUCGAAAAAUAAACGCUGAUUGGCCAUAAUUAUAUAACUAAUAUAACAUAUCGUUUUGGAAAAUUAUUCGUGCAUGCGAUAUUGAAUUAUCAUACUUUUAUACACGUAUUAGUAGAAGAAAAAGUUAACUUUUUUCUCAAAAUAACAUUUUAUUCUUUUAUGACACUUUGCAGCAUAUUAAAUGGCAAGGUACUUUUAUAUAAUCAGUUACUAAUAUAUAUACUUAUAAUCUUUACAAGCUUAACUAUAGAUAAAGUAAUAUAGAUCUUCAGAAAAUUAUAUCAUUAUUGCAGAGUUACACAACAAAAUGAUGACACAAUGGAUGCUUUCCAUUAACAACACAGUGCGAUACAGAGUAUCAUUCUAUCUUCUUUCAAUACCAGUGAACAACAAAGAUAAAAUGAUACUCCGUGUCGACUUGAGUCACUAAAUGGAAAGCACCCAAUAAAACAUACAAUGAGUCGAAGAGUAAUGAAUAACAUUCCAAAAGAUUUAUACAUAAUUUAGAUGUGUUAAUGUGCGUCAUCCUUUUAAUAUCGGGCUCCUAAUAUAGUCAACAUGCUAUAGUGACUAUUGUAUACUAUGUACAAAUCACACUAUCUAAAAAAUUGAAAUACUACCUAAAAUAACACAUAAUAAGGCACAUUUUUUUCUUAAAAAUACAUUAUAGCUUCUAGUAGCUUCGAACAAUUUUGUUUCUAUGUGCAAUGAAAUGUCAAUUCCUCUUUAUAUCUGUAUAAAUUUCAACUUAAAAUUUAUUUAAAUAAUAAUAUAAAUAUAUCCAAAAAUAUAAUGGGAAUAUUUACUAUUUGAUAGAUACACUGGUAUCAAUAAUUGAUGUAAUGUCAUUAUAUAUACGAUUAUCGCGCGAUGAUAAAAAUAUGUAAUCAUAUCGUAUAAGACUCAAGCAUCAGUACUUAUUAAUAAUCAUAUCUAAAAUACUGAGCGUUAUAAAAAGUGCCAAUUAAUAUUACUAUUUUUUUCCUAAUCUAAUUUUAAAUUAAAAAUAAAGAAAAUAUGCUCGAUGUAAAUUUCAAAACUGAUUAAUAACUGAGCAGGAUAGUUCGAAACUACAAUAUUUACAGAUGCAAAUAUUUUCUUAUGUCAUAUACAAUACUGGUCCAUAUUGUUUUUUAUUGCAUCCAAUGUAUGCAAUAGUAGUACAACACUCAAAUUAUUGAUUUGUAUACAUGGACACAUAACACGAUAACUUUAAGGCACAACACGAUUAACUCGAGCAGUUAAAGUGUACGUUUGUUUAAAUCUUAACUUCAACAUGAUAUUUGCAAAUAUCUCGGAAAUAGAGUAUGCCAAUGUUUAAGUUUAUAACAAUGUAUAUAUGAAUCACAGAUAACAUGUAAGUUUGACUUGGAUGAAGAGAAAGAAAAAAAAAGAAAAAGAAUUCCACAAAGGAAUUUCUUAUAUGCACACACACACACACACACAAGUGUAUGUGUGUGUGUAUGUUUUGUUUAUAAUUAGAAUGUUAUAUAUGAAACAUUGUAUAUAUUCCAUGUACAGCCUGUAUAAAAUAUAAUUAUAUUUGUUUAAAACAGGUGAUAAAUAUAUCUAAUCAUAUUUAUAUUGCUAUAAAUUAAAUAUGCAAGCAUAUAACUAUGACAGUUUUUGUCGAGCACUCUAAUUGGCUUAAUUAAUCCCUAUAGAUAAACUUAUAACAAUUUAAAAGUACAACCUAUGCUUUCAUCAAAAAUAUAUAAUCAUUUCUGAUACUUUAUAUCAUCACUGUGUGUCUCGUCAAACAAAGUUAUAAACUUAACAUGUGUAGUCCUGCCAAACUGAUAUUUAACUAAAUAUAGUUACUUGAUACUUUUUUCAUAUAAAUAGAGCAAUUUAAAUGUAAAAAACAUAAAAUAUAGGGAUUAUCAAUAAGAGAAGAGACAUCAAAGAUGGACUAUCUUGUCAGUCAUAUAUGAUCGACAAAGUGUAAAUGGAAAUUUGUGUGUCAGGCACUUGUGACUGAUGUGGCAAUCAAUGUGUUAAUAAGUGGGCACAACAUAUAUAUAUGCAUAUAAUAUCAAAAUAUUUAUGUCUAUUGGAAUUUAUAAUACACGGUGAAACAAAUAUAUGUGUAUAUAUGAAUUUGUUUUUAAUGUGAAAUAUGAAAAUAACAAAUUUAUUUUGAUUUGUUUGCAUACAUGCAGUACAUUCAUAUAUGCAUGUCAACUGAAUAUUUAUAUGCAUGCAAAUUUAUCUAACAUUUUGUAUCAUAGCAUAAAAUGUACAUAUUCUAUAUAUACAGAGUAUUCCAUUGUUAUACUAAACUGAAAUAGUUUCAAAUAAAAUUUGUUAUUGUAACACUUAAAAUUAACAAAUCGUAAUAAAGGCGUAGCGUCAUUUUGAAUACAUGUAGAUGAUUGGAAGAAUCAAGAGUUAAUACAUAAAGUCUAAAUAGCUUAUUGGUAAAAAGCAAUGGCUGAGUUAGGAUGCUUUCCAGCUACGGAACACAGUGAUACACUGUGUGACACAGUGUUAUACAGUAUCGACUUGUAGCUGGAACGCUGUUUCCGAUCUAUAUGCUCAAUAUGUGCAUAUAUCAAUGAUUUAAGCAGCCAUAAAGAAGAUCAACGAUUUGUAAUAAUAAUUUAAACUCGCAGAAGAUAUUUUCGCUGUAAAAGUUUGUAUUUUUCA